CCUUGGGUUCUCCCGUUGCAGCAGGAAAACUUCCAUCUCGCUCUCCUGGCUUUGAGCCUCACUGUACAUCAGACCAGAGGCGCCGAAGGGAGGAUGCGAGAUGACCGGCCCUCUGGCAACCUGACCAUCUCUUUAGCAGAGCCUUGGAAAGCCAGCCGGGGGCUGUCUGCACGACCAAGGAGGCGCCUCUCGUGGAUGUGUGUGUGUGAGUGAGUGAGCGAAUGUGUGUGCGCGUGUGAGUGAGGGUGUGUGUGUACACUGUGGCUGUGUAUGUGUGUCCAGAUGAGUGUGUGAGUGCACGUGAAUGUGUAUGUGUGCAUGUGCGUAAGUGCUCUUGGUUAUUAUUUUUUUUGGAAGAAAAAUCUUGAAAAUCUGGGGCAGGUUGCUGUGCUUUUAGGGUGGUUCUUUUGCAAGAGGCGCUGACCAGUGCGAUCUAUUAGAGCCAUUUCUCGGCAAGAGAAGAGAAUUUUUUCCCCCUGAAGGAGAAGGAUUUUUCCCCCCAUUCUGCAGCCAAGGAAAAGAGAUUAGCCCCUAAACCUGUGAAAUCGACCAGAGCUGUGUGAUUCCCAGGGUUUGAGAGAGGACUCGGGAAGAAAAGGAGAAAUAAAUCAAACAGCUUGCCUGUUCCUUCGGCCCCGUCGGAAGAUGUCAUCUCAAACUAAGUUCAAGAAAGACAAAGAGAUCAUUGCCGAAUAUGAAGCCCAAAUAAAAGGUGCUGUCCUAGAAUCUGUUCAAGAACCUUGCCUGAGAGUGACAUCACGUUCUCUGGAUUGGAACUGGCAAGCUAUAAUUCCUUCCAAAGCCCUUUGAAAAUCAGAACAACAUUUGCCAGUCUCCAGCUUUAUGGUGCCUCUUACCCCUCUCCAAGAGGUUCCAGAGGGAAAUAUGAUAGAGACCCUGGACUGGGAAAUGAGCACCUGUUCCAAAGCUGCAUCUCAACACCCUAUGCAGAGCUCUGAGAUCCGCACACAGCUGGUGGAACAGUUCAAAUGCCUGGAGCAGCAAUCCGAGUCGCGGCUGCAGCUGCUUCAGGACCUCCAGGAAUUUUUCCGCAGGAAAGCUGAGAUCGAGCUGGAGUACUCCCGCAGCCUGGAGAAGCUGGCCGAGCGUUUCUCUUCCAAAAUCCGCAGCUCCCGGGAACAUCAGUUUAAGAAGGACCAGUACCUCCUCUCGCCCGUGAACUGUUGGUAUUUGGUCCUGCAUCAGACCAGGCGGGAGAGCCGAGACCAUGCCACCCUCAAUGACAUCUUCAUGAACAAUGUCAUCGUCCGCCUUUCCCAGAUCAGCGAGGAUGUCAUCAGACUUUUCAAAAAGAGCAAGGAGAUUGGCCUGCAGAUGCACGAGGAGCUCCUGAAGGUCACCAAUGAGCUCUACACAGUCAUGAAAACCUACCACAUGUACCACACGGAGAGCAUCAGUGCAGAAAGCAAGCUGAAGGAGGCUGAAAAGCAGGAGGAAAAGCAGUUCAACAAAUCGGGAGACCUCAGCAUAAAUCUGCUCCGGCACGAGGACCGGCCCCAGCGCCGCAGCUCUGUGAAGAAGAUUGAGAAGAUGAAGGAGAAGAGGCAGGCUAAGUAUUCUGAAAACAAGCUGAAAUGCACGAAGGCCCGAAAUGACUACUUGCUGAAUCUGGCAGCCACCAACGCAGCUAUAAGCAAAUACUACAUCCAUGACGUCUCUGAUCUAAUCGAUUGCUGUGAUUUGGGCUUUCACGCCAGCCUGGCCCGCACCUUCCGGACCUACCUCUCAGCUGAAUACAACCUGGAGACCUCUCGCCACGAGGGGCUGGAUGUCAUUGAGAAUGCGGUGGACAACCUGGAUUCCAGAAGCGACAAGCACACUGUCAUGGACAUGUACAACCAGGUCUUCUGCCCCCCACUCAAGUUUGAGUUCCAGCCCCACAUGGGGGAUGAGGUGUGUCAGGUCAGCGCUCAGCAGCCCGUCCAGACAGAAUUGCUCAUGCGGUACCACCAGCUGCAGUCCAGACUGGCCACUCUCAAGAUAGAGAACGAGGAGGUUAGAAAAACCCUGGAUGCCACCAUGCAGACCUUACAAGACAUGCUGACGGUUGAGGAUUUUGAUGUCUCCGAUGCCUUCCAACACAGUCGAUCUACUGAGUCUGUAAAGUCAGCUGCCUCUGAGACCUACAUGAGUAAGAUCAACAUUGCCAAAAGGAGAGCCAAUCAGCAGGAAACAGAAAUGUUUUAUUUUACAAAAUUUAAAGAAUACGUGAACGGCAGUAACCUCAUCACCAAACUACAGGCCAAGCAUGACUUACUCAAGCAGACCCUGGGCGAAGGGGAAAGAGCAGAGUGUGGCACCACCAGGCCCCCCUGUCUUCCCCCUAAACCACAGAAAAUGAGGAGACCUAGGCCUCUCUCAGUGUAUAGCCAUAAACUCUUUAACGGCAGUAUGGAAGCAUUCAUUAAGGAUUCUGGACAAGCUAUACCGCUUGUAGUUGAGAGCUGCAUCCGAUACAUCAAUUUAUACGGACUCCAGCAGCAGGGGAUUUUCCGAGUGCCGGGAUCUCAGGUGGAAGUCAAUGACAUCAAAAAUUCCUUUGAGAGAGGUGAAGACCCCCUGGUGGAUGAUCAAAAUGAACGUGAUAUCAAUUCAGUCGCUGGUGUCUUAAAACUCUAUUUCCGAGGACUGGAAAACCCACUCUUUCCUAAGGAAAGGUUUCAAGAUUUGAUAUCUACUAUUAAACUGGAGAACCCAGCUGAGAGGGUGCACCAGAUCCAACAGAUCCUCAUCACUCUGCCCCGGGUGGUCAUCGUGGUCAUGAGAUACCUCUUUGCUUUCCUCAACCAUCUUUCCCAGUAUAGUGACGAGAACAUGAUGGAUCCCUACAACCUGGCCAUCUGCUUCGGGCCCACCCUCAUGCACAUCCCUGAUGGACAGGACCCUGUGUCCUGCCAGGCACAUGUCAAUGAAGUCAUCAAAACCAUCAUCAUCCAUCAUGAAGCCAUCUUCCCCAGCCCCCGGGAGCUAGAGGGGCCUGUGUAUGAAAAGUGCAUGGCUGGAGGGGAAGAAUAUUGCGACAGCCCACACAGCGAGCCAGGGACCAUCGAUGAAGUCGACCAUGACAAUGGCACUGAGCCUCACACCAGCGAUGAAGAAGUGGAGCAGAUUGAAGCCAUUGCCAAGUUUGACUAUGUGGGCCGGUCCCCCCGCGAGCUGUCCUUCAAGAAGGGGGCCUCACUGCUACUGUACCACCGCGCCUCAGAGGACUGGUGGGAGGGCCGUCACAAUGGCGUGGACGGACUCAUCCCACAUCAGUACAUAGUUGUACAGGACAUGGAUGAUGCCUUCUCGGACAGCCUGAGCCAAAAGGCUGACAGUGAGGCCAGCAGUGGGCCACUGCUGGAUGACAAGGCCUCCUCCAAGAACGACCUCCAGUCCCCCACAGAGCACAUCUCGGAUUACGGCUUUGGGGGGGUGAUGGGCCGAGUGCGGUUACGAUCUGAUGGAGCGGCCAUCCCCAGGCGCCGAAGCGGGGGCGACACACACAGCCCGCCCCGGGGCCUGGGCCCCAGCAUAGACACGCCACCCCGGGCCGCCGCCUGCCCCAGCAGCCCCCACAAAAUCCCCCUCACCCGGGGGAGGAUUGAGAGCCCCGAGAAGCGGAGGAUGGCGACGUUCGGGAGCGCCGGCAGCAUCAACUACCCUGACAAGAAGGCGCUCUCUGAAGGGCACUCGAUGAGGUCGACAUGCGGCUCCACCAGGCACAGCAGCCUGGGGGACCACAAGUCCCUGGAGGCUGAGGCCCUGGCAGAAGACAUCGAGAAGACCAUGAGCACGGCUCUGCAUGAGCUGCGGGAGCUUGAGAGGCAGAACACGGUCAAACAGGCACCAGAUGUGGUGCUGGACACCCUGGAGCCCCUGAAGAACCCUCCAGGCCCUGCCAGCUCGGAGCCUGCCAGCCCCCUGCACACCAUUGUCAUCCGUGACCCAGACGCCGCCAUGCGCCGCAGCAGCAGCUCUUCCACGGAGAUGAUGACCACCUUCAAGCCUGCCCUGUCUGCCCGCCUGGCUGGCGCCCAGCUGCGCCCGCCCCCCAUGCGGCCCGUGCGGCCCGUGGUCCAGCACCGAUCCAGCAGCAGCAGCAGCUCGGGCGUUGGCAGCCCGGCCGUGACGCCCACUGAGAAGAUGUUCCCCAGCAGCUCAGCGGACAAGUCGGGCACCAUGUGACCUGCAGGAUGGGGCGGCACCGCUACGGCCUGCCCUGGCCUCUGUGGUCUCCACUUCUUCCCAGGAAUCCUGGCCUUGGAGAGAGGGAGGGUUUCUCUGUGCAGAGCCGAGGCCUACAGUGUUGGCUGCAGCUCACAUCCAGCCACGUGGAUCCAACAGACACCCAAAGGAAAGCGCAAGGGCAAGGAGAGCCCCCAGACAAGGAGAGCCCCCAGCUAGAGCAUUUCCUUAGAUGGUGGCAAACGUUAAAUGGCUUCACCCGCAUAUCAUCACUGGAAAACUAUUCUCUCUGUAUACAUAUAUAUGUGUGUAUAUGUAGAUGCAAAUAUAUAUGCACAUAUAUAUGUACGUAUAUGUCUGUAGGUGUGUGUGUAUAUAUAUAUUUAUGCAUCUAUAUACAUAUACUAGAUCUGGACACACACAUACUAAAUGUAUAUAGUAUCUCCUUUUUCUUUUUAUGAAACUUAGAUUUACCUCAGAUCCAUGCCACCAAACAUCUCCUGCUGAGUUAUUUGGUGGGAUUUGCAGGGACUUUUCUGGGAGAAUUUAGAAGCCCACAGUAACUGCGAAUGAAGCAAUACACCACUAACCUGCAGAAAACAAAGCAAAAACAAUCUCCCACUGUCUCCAGAAGUCGUGGCCUUCCCGAGCAGUCUGCCCCUAAAGGAAGGGUGGGGCAGGGGGUACCCAGCGCAGGCUGCUCCUAGGGGUGGGAAACCCUUCACAGAAAACCCCUUCCAUCCCAGAGACCCUGCCCUUCCACUCAGAGGCCAAAGGCCAACUGUACACCUGAAGGCACGGGAGGAAGUUGGCGAGAAGAACCCCGACCACGGAACCCUUGUGUUUGUAUGUAGAAAAGGGGGAUAAUGAGACCCGAAGCCCCAUCAUAGCACAGUAUUAUGUGUGGUUGGGAAAAAGAAAAAAAAAAAAAUAGUGGUGUGGAAAACUUCAAAACCUAGAAACGCUGUAGGAAUAAAUCUGUGGUAACUAUAGAAGUUUAACUUAUGCCAUUUUGAAAUAUUUAAUUUUUUCUUUUCCUCUUUCUACUAAUUAUACUGUGUCAGAUUCGGAACUAAACAGGCAAGGAGGCUUUGAGUUACAUCAUUUUAAUUUAACGUCAAGCCAGGCCGCCCUCUGGCUGUGCGUCUUGCAUGAUGUGCAUGAUCCGGAAGUGACCAGCUCAGACCACGGGCAUGGAGGGGCCGUCCUUCGCACUUCCUGUCCCAGACAACACAGCCAGUUGAGUUUAUGCAAGUGAAAUAACCUCUCUCCCUUGCCUUCCACUUCUCCUGCCCCCUCCAGGGCAUCUAGUGCAGAUGAAAAUAUGGUGAUAGAAAUGGGGGAGUGACCUUCAGGUAUAAAGAGCAAGGUUUCUGCCUUUUGACUGGGUAAAAGGCCUUCUGUGUUGCUUUCAUUCGAUUCCAUUUUACUUCCUCUUUUGAUCUCUUGGCUUUAGUUUUCCAGGAAUGGGCUGUUUCUGGAUAAUAGAACACAGGUGAAUCCAAUCCUAAUGGGACCACUUUUUCUUCUCCCCUCAUGCCAAGCUAAGGGCCUCCUCCCUACCAUUCUCAAGCUUCAUCUCUCUUCUCCUCUCGAGGCCUCUUGGUGGUCUCCAUGGCUGUGGUUUGGAGUCAAAAGUCUUGUGUGUGAGUCUCAGACCCUCCACUUAGCAGUUUUGUGACUUUGGGCAUGUCACUCCACCUCAUUGGGUCUCAGACUCCUGCUCCAUAAAAUGAGGAUAAUACUGCUAAAAUGAGAUGAUGUGAGAGAACCAGCUUUGUAAAUUGGUAAGCACUGUACAAACCCUUUUGCUCUUGUUAUGAUCAUUAACAAGGUAAGUCUUAUAGGUCAAAAACCACCCAGGACAUUUCUUUUGAAAUGUCCUAUUAGCAUUUGAGAAGUGGGCAGCUGGAAUUUUCCUAUCAGUUUAAUGAGAGCCCUGAAGAUAUAAGGGCCCUACAGAUAUAUCUACCCCAUUGAUGCUUGAAAUUCCAUCAGCAUUUCAACCAGCUGAAUUAAAUUUUGCCCUCUCUAGUAGGGAAUGGUAAGUCAUUCUACCUAGUCUGGACAGGCGAGCAUUCAGACCACAGAGCAAAGGAAAGAAUUCAGAAAGGGCCCCAAAAUGACAAACUUGACCUUUGUUGUUUUGCCUAGAGCCAGCCCUUCCUUUAUAGCUCUUGGAUAUGCAGGGGCCCCAGAACCAAUCAGGAGCCCUCUGCCUUUGAGCAUAUGAAGACAUUACCCCCAUUUUACAGCUUAGGAAAGCAAGGCCUUGGAGUGUGCAGUGACUUGCCCAAGAUUUAGUAGACAACUGAGAGUGGGGGCUGUCAGCUAGUGAAGUCAUUUAUUUGCAAGGUUGCUAUGCCAUGCAUCCAGGAUACAAGACUUCUCAUUUCUUUCCCUGAGAUACUCCCAGACCUUAAAUCUAGUCAUCUCCCACAUAAAAUAUAAUAGUCUCUGCCAUGAUUACCUAUUGGAAAGCCAAAAAUUGCCUGAUAUAUAUAUAUAACACCAGUCAGACUUUGUGUAUUUUUCUCUGAAUUGAAUUGACUAGCUUUGUCUUCCGUUACUGAAGAUGGACCUGCCUUUCACCAAAUUCCAUGAAGGCAGAGCCUUAAAUGUUUUCUUUAACCACCUACUUUUCCAUAGGGACACAGCUGAUGAUCUCACAUUCAGAAUAGCUCACACACAGUGGCAGACAUAUCCCCACUCAUCCAGCCCCUAAUCAGAGCUUCGGUGCAGAACCAAAUGGAAAAAUACUUUUCUGCCCCCCACCCCUUCCUGCUCAAGUGCUAUGCAUGCCUCCUUCACCCUCCACCUGCAUCCAUCGGGCCCUGGCCUUCUCUGCCUGACUCCUGCCUGUUUUGGUCCACUAUAUAUUGCUGUAUUUGCUUAAAUGCUGGAAAGUAACUGUUAAAAUGUGAAACUGUAAUUUUUAAAAAGGCUACAAUGAAAUUACGGCCAGUGCCACUCACCAAAUCUUUGCACCUAGUAGAUAGAUCAAUGUAAAAACAAAUACCAGAAACCUACGUGUACAGUGAGUGUGGGGGGAAAUGUAAUAACCUAGUUAGUAGUCCUCAAUAUAACCAGUUGUACAAGGCGAAGUGGUGUUUACCUACUUGUUCAUCACUAUUACUGAAAGCUGUACCAAUCGGUUAGUUGAAAAACGGGCAUUUCUGUUGCUUCACGGAAUGAUUUCUUAACCUUCGACUUACCCUGAAGUCAAGCCUUUUGUCUUUAUGUGUAACUGAUGUUCAGUCUAUUUUAGGAAUGAACCAGCAAGAUGUUCAUUUAGAACUGACCAAAGACAAUUCCUGGUCCGGUUUCCUUGGCCUCACAGCCCAGCUGCCGCUGAAGACUACCAGGGGCCAGCCCUCCUUGGAUGAAAUUGAGAACAAGCCGUGCUUCCUACCCCUCUCCCCCCUUUACUCCCUUUUCCUCUUAAAGAGCUGCUCUGAGCUGUGGGAUUCUAUGAAAAAUUCUUGCCUUUCCUUGUUUCCAGUGCUAACGAUUUCUCACCUCGAAGCGCCUUUUGAACCCCAGACAGAGCGCACAACCGGAGGGAAUUUGUGGGCUUGGGAAGGAGACUUGGGGGUGUUUACUCUGAGGUCACCCAGCCAGGGGUCAGGAGAGAAUUGAGUUCCUAAGGGACAAAAGGUUGAUGUUCAAUGAAGAAGUCGGAGUGGGAAGAGACAGGGAACUCGAGCCAUGCUUUGGCUCCCGGCUGGAAGCAGUGGUUCAGAGCUCUGCCUUAUGAACACUGAAGGACUGGUUUAUGGUACACAGAGGGGAGCUGGUGUGGGAAAGGGCCUUUACAUGGGGCCUCCUUCUCUGUUGGAGCCCCUUGGAGUGCCUUGAUGGGUGAUUUCCUUCUCAUUCAGAAGGCACGGGUGCAGAGGCCUUCCUGUGAUGUGGUGGUAUUUUGGCACUCAGCACACGUACAUAUGCCUGAUGGGAAACCACAAUGACAGUGUCAUGGUUCUUCCUCUCAGUCUUUCUGGUUCUCUCUUCACUCUUCCAGUUGGUUCCACACUAGGGCAAAUGCCUUAUUCUCCUGAGAAACUCAGAAAGAAGACUGGCUGGCUCACAAUCACGGCGGUGGGCCCUGUUGGACUGGGGGGCAGGGAGCAAGGAGGAAAAGGCAGAAAGGGGUGAGCCAAAGUGUUGCUUGGCUGAUUUUCUGCUAUGCAGAGCAAAUGCUGACGUUUCAUGUCAACUUCCCUGGUUCUCUGGGGUCUCUCUUCUGGGCAGUGAUGUAGAGAAUUCCCCACACACCCAGAGCUGCCCAAAGGGGCCGAUAGAAAGGACUUUUCUGUCAGAUCUGAGUCCUCCUGGCUUCUUUGAGGUUGAUCUUCCAGUGUCCCCCUGUCCCUUCCUCUGGGACUGGCCAAAUGGCCAUCGCUGCCCCUUGCUGACACCUUCCUUCUGUGUGAACUGCCCCAGGCAAAUAACGAAGCUUCUGUUCCUUGAACCAGAACAACCAGAGUGCACUUUUCCUUCCUUAGACGGAAGUAGAUCCUGGCUAGAGAUUCUGUUCAGGCUCUAGUUCCCAGCAGUGUGACUGUUUACAUGGUUUGGCAAUAGGUUUUGAUUCUGAUCGCUUCAGAGUGGCUGGUCUAUUUUGUUUCGUUUGGUUUCUUUCCUCCCCAAAUUGUGUCAGGAAAAACAAACCGAAGCCACUCUAGGAAAUUGCUGGUUGCCUGUCCCCACGUGAUGAUAAGUGUCGCCCUCUUCUGGAUAUCAUUUCUCUACCUUAUGACCAAACGCCCGUCCUGUAGAGUGUCUGAUUGGAUCCUCUGUCGCGUAUUUUGAUGGUGCCUGCUGGUUUGACGUGGAGCUAUCCUGUGAAAUAAAACAGCUUAACUUUU